AUAUUUUUUAUAGUAUGUAUUUUUUAAGCCAAAUAUAAAUUAAAUAAUUUUACGAAUGUUCCCGUAUAUAUGUACCAUCACUAAUGGAACAAAUGGUAGGGUCUUACCACCAGAAGGGAGAAUGACAACACAUCUUUUGAAUAGUCUAUGAAUUAUUUGUAAAGCAGGCCCGCUUUCCUAAUUUACAUAAAUAUUGCACAGUGUAAUUGCUUGUUGAAUGUAUUUUUAGAUGUAGGUUGUGAUGCGCACCCAACUACGCAUAUGGAUUUCCUCAGAUGCUCUCUUGUUCUGUAUGGAGCAUCCUGGGGCCUGGUUAUUGGUGCCGGUGAAGAGAGUGGCUGUUGGGCUGCCUCCAGAGAUAGGGCUGUUAUUAAGGCUGCGACAUGUGGCCUUUCAGCGGGCAGAGGGCCAUGCGGAGGUAGGCAAACUGCUGUGUUCCUCCAAGGCUUUGUUUUCCGAGUGCGUACAUGUCAAACACAAGGGCCGUUUCCUGCCAGUCCUAUCUGCUGUGCCCCCCCUCUCCCCGCCCUCUCACACCCCAUUCCCCGUGCACCCCCACGUCUUUCCAUUGUAAUUCCUUUAAUUAAAGUGAUUUUAUUCACAGGCACACAGCUGGCGUCGGCUACUUUCCAUUAGGCAUCUGAGUGGCCGCCUCGUUGGCGCGAGGACCUACACUGAGACCGCUUCCCAGGGAGCUCUGUGGGUCCCCCCCCCAUCUCCCCUCUGAGUUUGUUGUGUGUUUUGAAUUUAUUAAUCAUUGAUUUUAAUGCGCGCCACUCGACGCUGACAGCUAGCCGCGCAUUCAUUAAAUCCGCCGUCCCCGUUUGCAAAAUGGCAUUUAGGAACAAUGCGAGGUUGUGUUUGGGCUUUCCACGCAAGAGGGCAUUGUAACUGAAAUCUGAAAUGUAUUUUGAUGGUUAUACUAAUCUGUGGAUCUCUCUGCAUUUUGUUUUUAAUCUGUUGGCAAUCUGGUAUUUGCAGGAUAUCGCAUAGAAACGAUCUCCUGCUUCCCCUCUGACAACUGCUAGAGCUGAUUUGAUGCUUCUGGGAAUGUAGAAGAGGGAAAGGUUGCUGUUAGAUACAGUUCCGUCGUGCCGUGAUCUGAAGACGUGAAAUUUCCAGAGGGUACGUUGUCGGCAGGGUUUUUUUGUUUUGAAGAAUGCAGUGGUUUAGAGUACCGGGAAGCACUUCUUUUUCUCCUUAGGGGAAGCAGCAAACUUUUUUUUUUUCCCCCUUGUGUUGCGUUCAAGAAAAAUUGCCUUCUGUUGGUAAAGAUUAAAUCUCAUAUUGAACAUAUGGUUGUGGAAUCCGAGCAGAUUUAGGAUUUGGAUGAGUUUAAAUGAAUACAGGUUGCUCGUAUAAACGCAGCAGAAUCUUUCUUAAAAGGUGCCUGACUUGUGCAUCUGCACACCUGCGUGUGGCACCACAGAUAAAAGCCCCCCCCCCCGUAAUCCUUAUUGACAAGGAUCUCGUGAAGUUGCUCCAUUCGCUCUAAGUCCCGGCACCUUGCCCCCCAUAACGCGCCUCAUCCCCCGUUUCAGGCCUGGCUCUUUAAGCCAGAGAUUCCCUGACAGAUCGCUUUCCCCACAUUGAUUAGAGUACGCCACUACGGGGGCGAGAAUGCGGGCAAGGCACGGCGAGGCUGGGCUUAUCACACUCCCCAAGAAAGGCGCCUGCUGGAAUUAUAAAUAAGUUUUUAAAGAAGGGGUUGGGGGCUGGGGGACGUAGCGGCUUUGGUUUGGUGCGGAAGGUGGCCCGGCUGGUUGCACGCUCCAGGGAUGAGCUGACACUCUUCUCAAGUUUUAUAGGAAAUGGGCCCCGGUGGGUUGGCUUCUACUGGGGGUGGAGGGUAUUUCCCCAUAGCGGCCCUUCGGGUCCAGCUCGCGUCUCCUGGGAUGGAGUGAUAGGUGUCGAUCUCAGACUUGUCCGGCACAUGGAUGCAGAAGAUGCCAGAAGGGUGUCCGUUUCAGCCUUGGGAGGGACCUUGGUGCUUGUGGCUUCUGGAUUCCCCCCCCUCCACUCCAGAAUGAAUCAUGAUAAUAGUAACUUGGUGAUAUCGCACCUUCAGCGCCAAUAUGUUGUCCGUAGUGAAGGUAACAUUAAUGAUAACCUUAGUGUUUGUUUUGGAACGUGCCAUCGGCAUCUAUUUAUGGGGGGGAGAUGACCCGCACUCUGCCUCAGCGUCAUUUGAAGCCACUUAACUGUCAGCCGUGCGCUGGGUAAAGGAUUACAGCGCAUAUAAAUAGAGCCCAUUGAUUUGGCUAAAGACUGCACCAUGUCAUUGUGGAAACGGAAAAUCCCAAUUUAGACAUUCGAAUGGCGGGGAGGGAGGAAAAACACACGGUGCUCCUUCAGUUUGUAAUCCCCUGUAUCCCGUGAAAUUGGGGAGUCUCGUUACAGUCCACCGAUUGUCGCGUGCAGCGGCUUGAAACAAGGGUGGUGACCCACCCAGCCCGUCGCAGCACGUCGCCACUUCCCACCUUUUGGGGUUUUGCCCCCCACUGCUCUGCUUGGUUUUGCCCAUGUUCUUUUGGGUGUUUGUUAGUUCACCUCACAGCUCAUCACGGGUAUUCGGCGUGGCUCCCUUUCACGUGGGUCGAAGUUUAAGUGUCUGGCCGAAUCCCGCCCCCUUCGUAAGUCGAACCAGUGGCUUGCUGCCCCGCCUGGACUUGAGCCAAGUCGAACGUACCUCUGUCUACCCUCUUUAGAGUGCCAAGAUUGCUUGUGUGGUGUGUGUUAUUUAUUUAUUUUUUCCCUAUUUGCCUGGGGUCGUUUGGAGGUCCAGUGUCCGGUUGCACGGGCCCCUGGCGUGAAACAGCGCCAUCGGCCCAGUCUCUGCAAAUAUGUAGAGAAGCGUCUGAGGCAGAAUUCCUGACUGCUAUCGAUCCCACGUCCAGGCAGGGACGUCUCCUGGAAGGGUGCCUGUUCGAUACACUCUGACCUAUUGUGCAUCCAAAGGCUGAAAUAUGGAAUGCAGUUCUGCUGUGUGGGGGGGGGGGCAUGCUGGCAGGGUGUGGGUUUGGUAUUUACUGCUGCUGUAACGUUCAGGGCCAUUUGUGGAAUGUGCUAGCUUUGUACAUUGGCAGACAAGUAGGACAUGGCAGGGGGACGGUGUUGUGCUGAAGCGGGUGGGGGCAUCGUCCCUUAGAUCUUAGAUCUUCGUCCCUUAAAGGACAGAAGAUAAACCUCGGCACUCGUCAACUGUCGGAUCAAUACAGUGCUUUUAAACAACAUGUAUUAAUGGCCCGAUCAAGCAGUGCCGGACCCUAGAAGUUAGUCUUGUUCUGGUAUCAGUAUUCCCUUUGUGUACAUGUAUGUCUUCAUGGCUGCUCUCGCACGCGGUGACCUUGUACUGUCAUCCUGUAGAAGUUCUGUGUGACUUUCUGCUGUAGCUCUGAAAAUAAGGCUGUGUCUGCCCUAACCCCCAUGACUGCUUCGGCUGACCUGAUGGACUCCAGCCGAGUGCGGUCGCUGUCUCGCAGAAAACAUCUUCGUUGUGUUCUGUCGUUGCUAUGGCUCCUGUGUGCCGCCACGGUCGGCGAUUGAGACAAGGAGCCCGUCUCGCUCCUGGUGGGGGGGAGGACUUGUGAUUACCACAGCAACGUGCCGUGACCCUGGUGACCUGGAGCGCUUUGGGUCCACCCUGGUCCAGCGAUCAGUGUCCUCCUUCCCCAUCUAUCAGGCCUGUGCUGCUUUGGAGCUUCUGGUCGAUUUUUGUGUCUUUUUGUAAAAAAAAAAAAAAAAUAAAAAAAGCUUUGCUCUGAACUAUAGCUGGCAGAAACCGAAGUCUAUGGUCUAAGCUUGGCUGGGUGGCACCCAAUAAAACUCCCAUCAGUCAUGCCCUGUAAACGGACUGCCCUUCCCUCACUUUCUGGGCCUGAAUCUGGCUGGUACGACCCGGCUGCUGAAAUCCCCUGCAGCAUCUCAGAACCUGGGAACAGAUCUUCCCCCUCUGGAUGCUGCCGUAUAGGACCUGUGGCAAUGCGGUCCAUGGUACCGGUAACCGGGCUCUGAGGACUGUGUGCUUCUGGGGAAAGGUAUGCUUCGUAUCAUGACCCUCCUAAGAUUUCCUCCUGCUGAAUUUUAUUUAUUCAUUAAAUUGUGUAUUUGGAAUGGUUAUUCAGGGUUGUCAUGAAUGUAGUGGUACACCAGGAGCCGAAUGAAAUUGGGAUUACUCCAGAAGACAAUGAACAAGGUACAAGGAUAACCAAAUUAAAUAACAGAAAUUAACAAAAAUCUUAAUGCUGUGUGUCUGUAUAUCUAAAAGAAAAUGUGAGAAAAUUUAAAGUGCCGGCCUCAAUUAUCUUAUUUUAGUUUUUAAUUGGUGGUGUUAAUGAUCCUAAUGGCCUGGGGAUAGAAGCUUCUCGGCCUUUCAGUGCGGAGGUGCCUACCUGAACACAGCCACUGGAACAGUUAAUGGCACAGGUGGUCGUCAGCGGCUGCGAAGGGCAGAUCCAGCACUGGAAAAAGUUAGCGGCAGACUACGAGUCCCUCCAGGCGCGGCUGCAGACUCUGCCUGACAGGCUCUCCUAUGACGUCAUGGUUCCCUUCGGCCCUCUGGCCUUCAUGCCCGGGAAGCUGGUCCACACCAACGAGAUCAUGGUCCUGCUGGGGGAUAACUGGUUCGCCCGCUGUUCCACCAAGCAGGCCAUCGAGGUGGUGGAGCACAGAAAGAAACAUGUGAAAAACACUUUGGAGGACUUGGAAAAAGUGACGAAGAAUUUCGAAGACAGGUUGGGCUUCACAGAGGAUGCGGAUGUCCUGGGGGGUAAAGGCGACUAUGUGGACAUCCGAGAGGAGCUGGACAAUGAAAAAAUCCCCAUCAAAGGUAAGAGGCGGGUGGCACACCAGCCCAACGCCAAACCCAAGGUGGAGGCUGUGCUGCAGCUAGAGGAGGCUGCAGAUGGAGGGCGCCAGCGAGGCAUCCUGUCGGAGGAGGAGCUGUGGGCCCGGCUGGAUGAGCUGGAGGCUCAGGAGGAGCUGAUGGACGAACAGGACAGGGUGCUCGAGGGCCCGGAUGGGAAUGGUGAAGACACCACGUCGUCUUCCUCUGAGGAGGAGAAGGACGCAGGCGGCGGGCGCCUGUCCAACGGCCUUCACCUGCGCGAGACCUGGCCGGCUUCAUCCCCUGGCUGCCCCGGCAAUGGCUCCGCGGCGCACGGCGAGGAGGAAGCUGUGUGCGUGCCGACGAUCUACUUCUCUCACACGGUGGAGCCCAAGAAGGUGAGGAUAAACACUGGGAAGAACACCACACUGAAGUACAGCGAGCGCAAAGAGGAGGCCAAGCGCAAGAGGAGGAACAGUGGCGGAAGUAACGGCCACUCGCUGCCCGAGCGACCCAGGAUCCGGACUCCUGCCGACGUCUACAGGGUGUUCGUGGAUGUGGUGAACGGUGAGCUGGUGCCCAGGAAGUCGAUACUGAAGUCGCGCAGCCGCGAGAACAGCGUGUGCAGCGACACCAGCGAGAGCAGCGCCGCUGACAUGGACGAGCGCCGCGGGCCGCUCCGCUCCACAAGCCACGAGGACGCGGCGCAGAGCGACGCCAGUGAGGGCAGCCCCGAGGAGGGCGUGGUGCCUGGCCGGGCCCUGCCCACUCCUGGCCCCUCAGAGCAGGCAUUUUCUGGGACAGUGGUGGAGAAGGACCCUGGGCUGCAGCCAUCGAUUCCCCACCUGACCAUCACUCCUCCAGGGCUCCCCACCAUCCCUGAGAGGAAGUCCGAAGAGCUGGCUCCCGAGGGCCCCCCCGGACCCCCCCAAGCGGGUGUCCAAGUUCAAGGCGGCACGCCUGCAGCAGAAGUGACCGGUGCCCCCCAACCCACUUCCCCCUCCCGCGGCUCAGGCCUUCCGAUUUAAGCCUCUGUUCGAGCUUCUGCUCCGUUUGCCGUCCUUCUGUCACUUGUUGCUUUUUCUAUCCUCCUGAGGACCGGCUGGAACGUUUAGGAAAAACAAGUUUAUAAAUGAGCACGAGCGCUCAUCUCUGUGGGGGGGAGGGUCUGCCUGUGUGAGACCAUGCGCAUCCUCGGGGGGCCGGCCGCGGGCGUUCCUGAGCCAGUGGCACAGCACAGGCUGGUCAGUACUGAGCAGCUCCUCCUUCAGGAAGACCUCCACGCACUACCUGAGCCAAGUGGACAAAGCCUUCUGCUUUGACCCUCCCUACUCCUCGUUCAGUGGCCCCUAGCUCCCUUUGUUUAGAAUUCUUAGUUACAUUUUAGCUGUCAUUAGUUUGCUCAUACAGAACCAGGCCUGCUGCACAUUUAUUUCAGCUUCAUCCUUCUGUAACCUUUGAUUUAUGUUGCCUUGUAUGAGUAUUUCCCAGAGGUGGAAAGUUAUGGUCCAGAGAGUACAAAUCCAGCCCGAGUUUUUGUUUCAACCAACCAGUUCCGUAUAAAGAGCCACAGUCAGAGUACUCAUGGUUGGUUGAGACAAACAAAACCUUGUUGUGAAUUUGUACUUUCUACCUCUGCUAUUUCCAAUGUGACAUCAAGAUGCUUAACUUUGUGAAAUUGUUGUAAAAGGAAAAUAAAUGUGCUUUUGUGAA